UCUAUAAGGAAAUAAAUGUUGAAGUGCAACGCUGGAGAGAUGAGAGUUGCAGAGGCUCGUGUCUAUCAGAGUAGAGAGGGAGAGAGAGAGAUCGUAGAACGCCAAUGUCAUUCUAGUAAGGCUGCAGUCACUUUCUCUGACAUGGCCUCGCCUGCACCUGGAGCGGGAUUCCAGAACAAGAACCGUGUUGCCAUUUUGGCUGAAUUGGACAAGGAGAAGAGACGCUUGAUACAGAACUCCUCCAUGAAUAACCCUGGAGCCAGCAUCCCUCUCUCCAGACCAGCCCUGAAUAAAGACUUCAGAGACCACGCGGAGCAGCAGCACAUCGCUGCCCAGCAGAAAGCAGCUCUGCAGCAUGCCCAUGCUCACUCUUCUGGAUUCUUCAUCACUCAAGACUCGUCCUUCGGGAACCUGAUCCUCCCGGUGCUGCCCCGUCUAGACCCACCUCCACCAGCAGAAUAACAGAACCUGAAGAAGAAAACACCCAACGGCUAAAAGCAGAAGGUGGUUUACAGAUCACCUGUUGGGUGUUGACGAAUGGCAGCGGACCACAGAUCACCUGUUGGGUGUUGACGAAUGGCAGCGGACCACAGAUCACCUGUUGGGUGUUGACGAAUGGCAGCGGACCACAGAUCACCUGUUGGGUGUUGACGAAUGGCAGCGGACCACAGAUCACCUGUUGGGUGUUGACGAAUGGCAGCGGACCACAGAUCGUCCCUCAUUUUCCCCAACGAUUCUGUUGAAUUGCCCCUGUUCGUCGACACACGGCACAUCGCUCAGUGGCCCCGACGUUCGUUUCUGGUGUUUUCUCCACGAACAGACAUAGUGACAACACUUUGUUACAAGGACUUUCUGAACAAGGUCUUGGAUUGUUUGUUGAAGCUUAAGGGUCACGUUAUUUCUGUCUAUUUUUGGUGCACCGUACAUCAUGUGGUUUUGAAAGACAAAAUGUCAUUUUCCAAAAAAAAAUAUAUAAAUGGGGAAAAAAGGCCUCAUCAAAUAAAGAUCAAGUCAACAACAA